CCCUGCAGCGCUGAGCAGCCAUGGAGAGGAUGCAGCAGGUCGUUGGGCGGGCGAGAGCCGCCUUCAACUCGGGCCGGUGCCGCUCGCUGGAGUUCAGGCUGCAGCAGCUGAAGGCGCUGGAGCGGAUGGUGCAGGAGAAGGAGAAGGAGAUCCUGGCAGCCAUCAACGCGGAUCUGCACAAGAGCGGGCCCAACGCGUUCAGCCACGAGCUGAUGGGCGUGCUGGGGGAGCUGGCGCUGGCCGUGGAGAAGCUGCCGUCGUGGGCAGCCCCUCAGCCCGUGAAGAGGAACCUGCUGACAAUGCGGGACGAGGCGUACGUGUGCCCCGAGCCGCUGGGGGUGGUGCUGAUCAUCGGGGCCUGGAACUACCCCUUUGUGCUGAUCAUGCAGCCUUUGAUCGGGGCCAUCGCAGCAGGCAAUGCCGUGGUGGUGAAGCCGUCGGAGAUCAGCGAGAACACGGCUCGGCUGGUGGCGGAUCUCCUGCCCCAGUACAUUGACGGGGAGCUGUACCCCGUGGUCACUGGAGGAGUACCUGAGACGACAGAGCUGCUGACCCAGAGAUUCGAUCACAUCCUCUACACCGGCAACUCCGCCGUGGGCAAAAUUGUGAUGGCAGCGGCCGCCAAGCACCUGACGCCCGUCACCUUGGAGCUGGGUGGGAAGAGCCCCUGCUACAUCGACAAGGACUGCGACCUGGCCGUCGCCUGCAGGCGGAUAGCGUGGGGGAAGUACAUGAACUGCGGGCAAACCUGCAUCGCCCCGGACUACAUCCUCUGCGACCCGUCCAUCCAGAGCAAGGUGGUGGAGAACAUCAAGGCGACUCUGCAGGAAUUCUAUGGGGAAGAUGUGAAGUCAUCUCCGGAUUACGAAAGGAUUGUCAACAAGCGUCACUUCAGGAGGAUCCUGGGCUUGCUGGAAGGGCAGAAGAUCGCUCAUGGGGGAGAAGCUGAUGAGGCCUCCUGCUUCAUAGCACCGACUAUCCUCACCGAUGUUUCUCCGGAGUCAAAGGUGAUGGAGGAGGAAAUCUUUGGGCCAGUCCUCCCCAUUCUGACGGUGAAGAGCGUGGACGAAGCCAUUGAGUUCAUCAACCGUCGGGAGAAGCCCCUUGCCCUGUACGUCUUCUCCAACAACAAGAAG